AUGGCAACUCCCGGCGCGGGUUUUUGGUCCUUCGGGUCUGAAGAUGGAUCUGGAGACCCUGAGAACCCCGGUCCAGGUAGGAGCCCCCACUCACUCACUCAGUCAACCCCCCCCCCCAGGAAGACCACGACGCAUCUUUCAGCGCCUGCCUCCUGCGCAAAGUUGCCAGCCCAGAUCCUGGAAGGCUUGGCUUGACCCUGACCUGACUUUUUUUUCCAUCCCCCACCGCUGCCACCGUCGUCUGGUUUUAUAAUCGUUCGUGCCUUUGGCCGCCUUGAGAAGAUCGAGGGGGCCGCCCGUGCCUGCCUGGAGAAGGCGCCCCUCUAAGAAGGGAUUCAUUUGGAGGGGCCAAAAUACCAGGACUUAAAGAAGACGCAGCGGGCCGCCUCACCUGCGCGCAGCGAGGGACCCGGAGCGCCCCUGGCCGGCUCGGAGAAAAGCAGCUCAGUGGAAUAUCUCUCAGGAUGCUGCUACCCGGCUGGGACUCACCCAGACACAACUGGCCCUCAAUAAAGGGAAGGAGCGGGGUGGGCAGAAGGGUGGACACAGGUUGCGUCGCUGAGAGGGGACGGGAGCGCUUUUCGCUUAGAAAGUGUCCUGGAUUGCUGAAGGAUCCAUAUGCUUGCAUCGCCAAGACUGCUUACGCGCAUUUGUCCGCUUGCUUCAUUCUAACGCGCCUCUUCCCAUAUGUAGGGCUUGGGGGCAGCUAGCAAUACGUGCGCAGCUCAAUCCUAAGCAUCUUCUUACUCAGAAGUAAGGACCCUCUGAUUUCAUUGGGGCUUUCUCCCGUCUAAGUAUGUGCAGGAUUGCAGCCCUUACAUUACCCAUAACAUAACCCAUAUACCAUGCGCUAAAUCCUAAGCAAACCCCCGGCGAGGGGGAAGCAUCGUGUCUGGUCUGCAGUGACCCUGUUAUGUGUGCUUGCGUGGGGGGCCAUCUUCCUCAUCGAACCCACACGAAACGACCCGUCUGAUCCUAUAUUCUUGUUUCUCCCCCCUCAGCAAAAGCUUGGUGUCAAGCUGCCCAGAAGUUUACAGGAGGCAUUUCAACCAAACUCUGUGGUAAGCGAUGAGAAGGAAAUGGGGGAACCAAAUCGCAGGAAGACGCUUUAAUAAAAUAGGGCGGGGGAGGAGACGUUUUACAUAGGAAACAAAACAAAACAAAACAAAAAUACAUUCCCUCUCCCACCCCACCCCGCGCGCGCACCCUCCCUUUUCCAAAGGAUCCGAGGAGGACUUCCCAGAGUAAGUUGAAGACUCGGUGAUGGGUCUAUGGAGCCGCCUUGAACGAACCGUACUGGGUCCCCCACUCCGUGCUUUUGAGUCUCCGCUGUGCCAUUUAGGCUUCGCCCUUUGUGUCUUUGUUAGCUUUGCUGUACGGAGAUGGGGAGAAGCCCAUGGAAACGGGGGCUGCUAAGGAGGACCCGAGCUCGGCCGCCAGGAAGGCCCCUUGCACCUGCAAUAAAAAGCCCUGCGGUUGCCAGAAAGAGGAUGUCAAUUAUGCGUUUUUACACGCAUCAGGUAACCAUCUCCUAACUGGGGUGGGGGGGUGUCAGAAUGGGGUCAGCCGGAAUGGAUGCUUUGGAAGCCACUCAUCAGCUGGUAUAUGUUCCAAAGGAGGAAGCCUUUUGGUGGGAAGCAUUAUAAUCCUGGUUCAUUAAAUCCAAUGGGAACUUUGCCAUUGACAGAGGCUUGGUAAACAUCUCUGUGCGACCACCCUGGCUUCCUCUUGCCAAGAGGAUUUCGAUUAGGCAGAGGCUGAGCAAUGCAUAAAUACGUGUGUGUGUAUACCAGGACACAAUUGAUUAUCGUUCGCAUUCUAGGUUCUAAAGGCAAUAAAUGUCGUUAUCCCACUUUAAAGCGCGUGUUCGGUGGUGAUGUGUGAAUGGGUGUGCGGCGAGAGGGAAAUCCAGCAGUUGGAAUCAGGUUGUUAAUUCUGGAAACUCUUGCCAAAAAGCUUAUUGACAGGAUAUGAAUCUUUCUGCUUCAUCAAAUCCCUCCGAAACCUUCUACGCCGAGUGGCAAUGAAUUAAACCGAUAAAUGGCCUUCCUCGGAAUCACAGACGCUGGUUCGACAUUCUCAAUUAGUCAGCGCCUGAAAAUAUUGGAGACUGAUACCGUAGAUUCUUUUCCUAACUACCUUAUGGUGGUUUCAGCACCACUUGGAGGGACAGCGACUAAGAACAAUUUAAGCCUUAACGGCGGGGUGAGGCAUAUUGAUAAUUGACGACAUAAAUGUCAGAAUUAAGGAGAAAUUAGUGGUGGGAACUCAUUACAAAACAUGGCAUGCACGAAAUACAAAGAUGUUUACUAUUUUGAAAGUGAGGCAAUUGCACCUUGAUUUCUGAAUUUUUCUUUUUCAUUUAAUCUGCUUUUUGGUAGAUGACUCUUAUUUUUAUUUUAUUUUGUUGUUAAAAAACCCCCUCAAAUAUCCAGUACAAGUAGAAACAUGAGUAGGAGCAAUGAGAUCUUUAACGGACCCAUUUUCAAGUAAUAAAUCAACUUCUAAGUACGGGGUUUUGUUUACUAACAGAGACAUAAAAGUACAGUAUUUAUAUUAUCAGGAAAUGAACAUUUGUAAAAUAAAGCUUCAGUGGUUUUUGUAGUCGUCUGUACCUCUGAAUAAUAUUUAACAUAAAAGAGACCAAUUUCGAUGGUCCACCGUAAGUAGAAAAAGUGUCCAAAACCUAACAAUGAAAUCAAUGUCGUAUCUCACCUCUUUCCAUCCUUCCAGAUCUUCUGCCAGCCUCGGACGGAGAAUUAGCUACUUUGUCUUUCCUACAAGAUGUUAUGGACAUUUUGCUCCAGUACUUGGUGACAAAUUUCGACAGAUCAACCAAAGUUAUUGAUUUCCAUUACCCAAACGAGCUACUUCAGGAAUAUAAUUGGGAUUUGGCAGAUCAACCCCAGACUUUGGAAGAAAUUCUGUCGAACUGCAGGAUCGCGCUAAAAUAUGCCAUUAAAACAGGUAACAGCUACCUUCGGGUGUUAUAA